CAGGGACAGGGAGCCAUUAUGGGAAUACCUUAGAGAGACACACGCUGCUCUCCCGGCUGACAUGGCAUGGGGGUGGUGGGUGAUUUCAACUGUCUGCUCGAUCCUUCGGAGAAGAAAGGCGGCCGGCCAUAUGCUCGAGUCAAAUAUCGGCCAUUUGUUGAAUGUGUGGAGGAUUGUGGACUGGUUGAUUCUCCUUUCAUUGGGGAGGAUUAUACCUGGUUCAACAAUCGAGUGGGCGGCGUGGAGAUUCGGAGCCGGAUUGAUCGUUUGCUUUUUAACCAGCCGUGGACGGAUAUGUUCUCUUGUUUGGUGCAUCACUUGGAUAGAGUUGGAUCUGAUCAUGCUCCUCUGUUGGUGGAGUGUAAGUCUCAUGGACGUCCUCCUGCACGGCCUUUCACUUUCCUUAAUGUCUGGACAGAGCACGAGGAUUUUCAGAAAGUGGUAGCCGACUCUUGGAGGGAGGACAUUACUGGCAAUCCCAUGUUCGUAUUUGGUGCUAAGCUCAAGCGUCUGGCACAUCGCUUGAAGAGAUGGAACCGAGACACCUUCGGUCACAUCUUUGAUAGGCUUAAGGUGCUUGAGCAGGAUGUUCGGGAUAUUGAGCUACAGCUACAGACAGAUUCUUCAGAUGAGACUUAUAUCGAGUUCAAGCGGCGCUCUGCACUUUUGAAGCGCCAGUAUCGUAUCGAGGAUGAGUUUUGGCGGCAGAAAGCCCAUGCGAAAUGGGUGACGGACGGGGAGAGGAACUCGGGGUACUUUCACUCUGUAGUGAAAAAUCGCCGGCGGAAGCUCUACAUUCACCGCAUACAGAAUGACCGUGGGCAGUGGGUCACGGAGAGAGCUGCGAUUGCGAUGCAGGCGAUUACCUUUUUUCAGGCCAUGUUCACUGCAGAUCCUAGUGUUACAUCUUCGGCCUUAGACAUGAUUCCACGGUUGGUCACUGAUGAGGAUAAUGACCGGCUAUGCGCUGUUCCGGAGAUGGAGGAGGUCAAGACUGCGGUCUUUGCUAUGGACUCUAAGAGUGCAGCGGGUCCCGAUGGCUAUAUUGGGGCCUUUUAUAAGGCCGCUUGGACGAUAAUUUGCACGGACUUAUUGGCGAUGGUACAUGCCUUUUUCUUAGGCCACGAUCUGACUCGCCCUCUCACGCACACUUCUAUUGUUCUAUUGCCCAAGAAGUCCAAUCCUGUGACCUUUGCGGACUUUAGACCCAUCAGUUUGUGUAAUUACUGCAAGAAGAUCAUCACGAAGAUUAUGGUUGUUCGCUUGGCUUCCGUGCUCCCCCGGCUGCUUUCCCCGCAUCAGAGUGGGUUUGUGGCGGGGCACUCUAUCACUGAUAAUAUUCUUUUGGCUCAAGAGAUGUGUCACGGGAUGCGGGUGGAUAAUGAAGAUGUCAUUCUGAAGCUGGACAUGAUGAAGGCCUAUGACCGGGUCUCCUGGUAUUUCUUGAUGUCAGUACUGCGCCGAUUUGGAUUUUCGGAGACUUGGAUCGAUCUGGUCUAUCGGGCCAUCUCGAAUAUUUGGUACCCAGUCAUUAUUAAUGGGAUUCGAGAGGGCUUUUUCCAAUCAACGAGGGGCUUGCAGCAGGGGGACCCACUCUCUCCGUCCUUGUUCAUCCUAUCAACGGAGGUUCUUUCUCGUUCUUUGGCUCGGCUGUAUGCAGAUCCUAUAGUUGCUCGUUUUACACAGCCCCGUGAUGCACCACAUAUCCAUCAUCUUGCCUACGCCGACGACAUUGUCAUCUUCACUUCGGCGAGGGGGGACACUUUAGAGAGAGUUCGUGCAGUUUUACGUUCCUAUGAGCAGAUUUCAGGCCAGGCUGUCAGCCUACCUAAGAGUGCCUUCUUUAUGCACCCUAAGGCGUUGGCACCCGUGUUGGAGCGUGUUCGAGAUACCCUCGAGUGUUCAUUGGAUGUGCUUCCAUUCACUUAUCUUGGCUGUCCUAUUUAUCAUGGUCGGAAGCGCAUUCAUUACUUUGAGCCUGUUCUGAAAAAGAUGCGGAACAAAUCAUGGCGCGUUUUGGAGAGGCGCCUUCCCACUGAUGAUGUCCUGGCGAGAUUUGGCUUUGCUUUGCCUUCUCGGUGCUUAUGUUGUUCGCCGCCAGGACGGGAGACCAUUACACACAUUUUCUAUCAUGGGAGCAUGGCGCGGCGUGUUUGGACUUAUUUCACAGAGUCUGCCCGUAUACGGGGCACACAUCACAGUUUGAGGUCUGUCUUGAGUAUAUGGUGGGCGCAGAGGCCUAGGAGCAGGAUGCUCUCGUUCCUGUUCCACCGCCUGCCGAUGAUCAUUCUUUGGGAGAUUUGGACGCACUAUGCUGCGUGCAAGUAUGGGGAUGCUCGCCCCAACUUUGCACGCAUUAUUUUUCGGGUGGCUACGGCGGUGUCGGAGUGCAUCUAUCGUCGCUGGCCUAGCGGGGGUCUCUUGCCUUCCCGAUGGUCGGUGAUCAUGGAGCACGUUCAACGAGGCUCUAGACGCAGGAGGGUGGUGCCGAUUCGGUGGGUCCCACCGCCGGGUGGUACCAUCAAGGUGAAUGUGGCGAGGGCCCCGGUACGUGGGGCAUUUGCAGCGAUCGUGCGUGACUCGACAGGUAAGUUUCUUUAUGCUCUUUCUUCUAUUGCAUUCAGGUGGGAACCAGUGGAGCGUGGAGGGAUGGACGUGCUUCUUCGGUGUAUUCAGUGGUGUAUAUCCCAGUCCUUCUUGCGUAUCCACGUGGAGUCCCAUCAUUCAGCGCUAGCUUGUUUCUUUAGAGAAGGUACCCCGUGGUACCUUCAUGAUGUUUAUGUUAGACUGCGUUUCCUCUGUUCUAUCGCGACGGUCCAGUGGUUUCAUUGUGACGUGCGGGCGAAUGCCCCGACGACUGAGUUAGCAUUGUGGGCCGUGGAUAGUACAGAGGGGACGCGGGAGUUUACUAAUCUGCAGGAUCUUGACAUUCGGGUACGAUCUCUCCUUCCUAUGGACGAUCUGCUCUUCUUUCGCAUAGAUGAGGAUGGGGGUAACCCCUAGUUGCACUGAUUUGGGUGCCUUAACGACCGCGUUUGCGGUUAAGAGGCGCACGUAUGUACCCGCGGUUAAAGGGUGCCUUAAUUUCCCCCUUUUUGAUAAUGACAAACAUAGUUGAGAAAAAAGCAACGUAUAAUUCAAGAAAUACUUUCCUUAAUA